AAUAUAUCCGCUAACAAAAAAAAGAAAAAGUAAAUUAAAAAAUGGUUUCAAAGACAGUCCUUCUACUUGUCCUUGUUUUUGCAACUAUUCUCCUCAUUACCUCAGAAAUUGCUGCUGCUAAGAACUUGGCCUCCAACCAUGAUGAGAGUGAAGUAGAAGAUGCCAAGUAUGGCCGUGACGAUCGUGGAUACUACAACGGCGGACGUGGAGGGAAUUACAACAAUGGUGGAGGCUACAACAACAGGGGAGGCCGAAGAGGAAAUUAUUGUAGGUAUGGUUGUUGUGGCGGAGGACGUUACUACAACGGAUGCAGGUGUUGCACCACUCUUGCUGAGGCAGCGGCUUACAAACAAGCAGCUCAUGAUCAUGCGGCGCAAACUCACAACUAAAUCGAUCCAUCUCUCAAUCAAUCUAUAGCCAUCAUAUCUGUUGAUCAAUAACUAUAUAUCGAGCUCUUCCAUCGCCGUAUGCGGAUUUAAGAAUUUAGUGUACGUUUGUAUGUUGUGUAUCGAUCAGAUGGCUUAAAUAAAUUUGAACUAUUAUGUUCUUUAAUUAA